UUCACUCUUAAUUACCAACGUCACGUGAUCACAACAUUGAGACAAAAUGGAGGCAACAUUUCGGAGAACGAUGACUUCGGUCACAGAUACUCUGUUUCCCGUGUCAAAAUCAGCUAAAGACCCUCAAAAACAUCAAAUUUUAAAAGCAGGAAACGACUAUGUGACAAAUCUUCCAUUACAAAUGGCUAUUUAUUUCAAUGCCUUCUUUUCUCCUUUCUGGAUAAUAGUUACGCUGGUUGGAUUUGAAGUCAAGUACGAGUACCUGUCAAUCUUGUAUAAAAUCACGCUGAUAGCUGUUUAUGUUACCUACACAAUAAUUGAAGUUGUUAGACUGUAUGUUGGAUACAUUGGAAACUUAAUGGAGAGGGUACCAGAGUUGGCUGGUUUCUGGCUGUUGACCUUGCUGAUACAGUUUCCUCUGAUCCUACUGGUUCUCUUCAAUGAGGAUGCGAAAAUUCUUCCAUUUGAAAGAGCUGUGAACAUCAUAGAGGCAUUGUUUGUACUGUUUGAAAUCAUAUGUGGAUAUAUUGCUAUUCGAAUCAUGGUAAAUUAUCAAGUGACCAAAUUCCAUUUAAGAAUUUUUUACCACCUUUAACA